AUGGAGGAGUUCACUGCCCUGAAGAACAUACUUCGAAGUAAUACUGACAUACCCUCGAACGACACUACUAAAUCUUACUAUGAUCAUUCCUUCUGUUCUUCCUCCAUUUCAUGCUCAGAUGAUAUUUAUAAUUAUGGUGGAAUAGAUAAGACUGAGCAGCACAGUUUACCUAGUUGUGUUCUCAAAUUAAAUGAUAGUAUUGCCUCAAAUUAUGUAUUUAAGGGGAACAAACAUAUUUCAAAACAUGACCUUGUUCAUGGAAUUAAGUAUUUUCCUCAUAAUGACAGAUCAAAGCUUAAAGGAGUCAAUUUUGAACACGGAGAGUGUACCUCUCGAGGGAAGCACAUAGAAGGAAAAAAAAUGAAAGAAAUGCAAGAAAAAGAUCGAAAAAAAAAUUAUAAAAAUUUUAGCACCAAUGUAGAGAGCGAAUUAGACAUGAAAGCGCAGAGUUGGUAUUAUGAACAAAAAUGGGAUAAAAUAAGGCAGAAAAGAAAUAAAGCAAAAAGGAAAAGAAGAAAAGAUAAAUGUACGUGCAAAGGGUACAUAAACAGGAUUAGUCAUAGUAAUAGCGAUGAUCAAAAUAAUGGCCAUAACUCAAGUUGGUGUCCACUUCAACAUAGAGGAGGAUGUACCUAUGAAGAUACCCUUAAAAAGGGUAUAUGGGCUCUGUGUAUAAUUAGAAAAGAUAUAUUUACAGGAAAGAAAGUGUUAACAAAUAUCAUUUAUGAUGAUGUAGUAAAUGGAGGUUAUUGCUUAGACACUAUAAGAAAAAGAGAAUUAUUUAACUCAAAUAGUUCCUUGGACAGUUUAAGUAGUAGAGAGGUUGAAGACACAAAAUGGAUGUUGAAUAGUGUAGAUCAUGUAGAUAUACGCUCUUCAAAAGAAAGGCUAAAGGGGGUAAUAAGUCAGUCCUGCGCUUUAUGCUCCAACAUAACGUUGAUAAAAAAAAUAAAAGAAAUAGUAUUCAAUAACAUAAAGCCCUUAUGUGCAUGCUGUUUUAUGACUUUUUUAAAUUUACUAAAAGUAAACUCAAUUAUCUGUAUUUCUUGUUUUUGUUCAUAUUUUCCAGAGAGUAACAUAGUAAAGUGCGUGAUAUGUGGGUCCUCUUUCGUAGAUAAGGGAAUUCCCGGGAAGGGCAUCAACUACAAUGGAAACCACUACAACUAUCACCACUUCCAAAAUAACGAUGUAGACAAAAUGAACGCCACUAGAGAAGAAAUGAAAAUGUUCGUGUCCUUGUAUCAAUAUGAAUUCAGCCAUAAUUUAAAAUCAGAUGUUUAUCUACAUUUUUUUAUAAACAUGAAUUACUGUUUUAGGAGAUUAUAUCUUUAUUUUAACUCUAAACAGACACUAAUUAUUUCCAACAAUUAUGUGUAUGCCAAAUAUUCUCUUCCCUUUUUUGAGCUAGCCAAUAUAUUACAUCUAGAUGAGCGCAGAACUACCACAGGUGGGGGAACAAAAAAGAGAAAAAAGAAGAACAACAAGAAAAAGAAAAAGAAAAAUGAUAAUUUUAAAUACCACCUUCAUUAUGAUAACUAUGAUAGUGGUAAAUCUGACGAUGAUAACUGUAAAGGAGAUGACUAUGGCGGAGAUGAUACUGGGGGGGAUAGCCUCAAAUUGUGCAGACUUGUCAAGGUGGACAAUAAGUUUUCACAAGAGAACCAUUAUUUUAAUACUACACAGAAUAGAAACUAUUUCGAGUAUUCAAGCAAUGUUGUUCAUGAGAUAAACGUAAAUGAUCAUCCUCUUUUUAAAAAGACAAAUGACGAAAUGCCACUAAAGUCAUAUAUUAUGGAAAGUGAAAUCAUUUCCUCUAAUAAUUCCAGCAAAGGGAGAAGCGAUGGGAGCAGCUUACACUCUAACCAUGUUGAAGAUGCAAGUGAAAAAAGUAGGUACUCCUUUGAGGCGUCUGACUCGACUUAUGAUCAUGCCACUACGGAAGAGAAGCACUUGUGUUUGCUUGUAGAUCAGGGGGAUGACGAUAGGAGUGCAAAGGAAAUAUUAACGGGCAAGGAAGUGGUGCAGGAAGAAAAAGCGGUGGAAGAAGAGAAAGCGGUGGAGGAAGAGAAAGCGGUGGAGGAAGAGAAAGCGGUGGAGGAAGAGAAAGCGGUGGAGGAAGAGAAAGCGGUGGAGGAAGAGAAAGAGGUGGAGGGAAAGGAAGCGGAGGAGGGAAAGGAAGCGGAGGAGGAGGUAAAACAAUCGGGAGGACAAGAACUACGGAGUGGGAACUACCAGGUGGAAAAGAUACACACACAAGGAGAAAAAGAAGAUAGAGAAACUCGAAGAAUAUAUUUAGAAAAAAUAAAAGGUAAAUAUAGUGACUAUGACGAUGAUGCAAAAACAGAAGCAGACGAAAUUGAACAGGGGAUUGAAAAGUGGGACAAACAAGAAGAGAUGGAAAAAGAAGCAUCAGAACAAGAGCAAUACAUAAUGAAAGCAGAACAACAUGAAAAGAAAGAGGAAAUAUAUAAUACAAAAAUAGAGAAGAUAGAUAAUGUGUCCAGAGAAGUAGAACUCGAACUGGUAGUCAGAACACGCAGAGAAGUAGAACGGAAGGAGGUAGACAACGUACGAGGAGAAGUACAUCGGAGAGUGAUAGACAACGUACGAGGAAAAGUACAUCGGAACGUGAUAGACAACGUACGAGGAGAAGUACAUCGGAAAGUGAUAGACAACGUACGAGGAGAAGUACAUCGGAGAGUGAUAGACAACGUACGAGGAGAAGUACAUCGGAAAGUGAUAGACAACAUACGCGGAGAAGUAGAACAGAAGGAGGUAGACAAUAUACAUAAUGAAGUAAAACUAGAGCUGGUAGACGACACACGCAGAGAAGUAAAACGAAAGGUGGAAGACGAUAAACGCAGCGAAGCAGAACUCGAAAUAGUAGACGGCACAAUAAAGGAGGAAAAACAAAACGGAAGGGAUGAUGCUCCAAAAAUUGAAAAAAAAGGAAGAAUGUGCAAAGUAGACAAAGCAGUAGUGAUUGAAGAAGGUGACAAAAAAGAACAUAUGGUAGACGAACGUGCAGAAAUAUAUGAACAGAUGAACACAAACAGUAAAGGUAUGAUAAAAAAAAAAAAAAUUUUAAAUAAUGAAGAAUAUAUGAUACCAUUUCAAGAACGAAGUACAGAACAUAUGAGCAAUGAAGUUCAACAUUUUUUUAAUUCCUUCAGUGAGACAAUUAUAUCUAGUUUGCUAAAAUUGAAAAACAAGAAAAUACAGUCCUCCUUUUAUCAAAUUACUGAUAGCUCUAUAAAAUUAAACCAAAAAAAUUUUAAUAAAACUGUGGUUAAAUAUUAUACAAAAGGAGACUUAGUGCUAUACUACAUUAAGUAUAUACAAAAGCAGGGAAAGGAGGUGGACAAGCUGUUUCGAAAUUUCCAAGCGACGGAGAAAGAAGUUGGUAACUUCAAACGGAGGUUCAGACUGCUUCACGGGAGAAAUGUAACUCAAGAGGAUAUAAACAAAAGCAUAUAUGUAAAGACAAAAAGUAUGCACAAAGGUAAAAUGCUAAUAGAAAACAAAAUAAAUAAUUUUGUUACAAUACCAUAUGUCAAAGAAGCAUAUAAAAUAAUUGAUGAAAGUAGAGAACUACUCGAAUUAUCAAUCAGAGGUCAGAAUUGUCCAAAAAAAAAAAAUAUCGUAAGUACAGUAAAAAGUUAUUUACGAAAUAACGGAAUUUUAAAAAAUAAAAAAAAUGGUAUUUCUAAAAAUAUAAAAAGACAGAAUACUGAACUAUAUAAAUUACUUAUAAAAUAUGAACACUUCCAAAAUGAUUUAAGCUCAUUGAUAAAAAUUUUAGCCCUCUUAUAUGAUACAAUUAUUAACAUUAAAAAUGGACAUUUAUCCCCGACUGAUAUAUUUAGCGUGUUAAGUGAAAUAAAAAUGUUUAUAUAUGAUAGGGAAAUAAAAAAAAUAAGCACCAAUUUAAGAAGCCCUGCGCGUAGCUCUGUCACAGUUGCUGCUUCUACUACCGCGACCACCACGUUCAGAAGUACCAAUAUGGGGGGUGCAUCAAACGGAGAGAGAACGGGGAAAAAAAAAAAGGAAAAUUACCUGAACAACCAGUGCAAUGAUAAUAACCAUAAUAACGACGAAAUUACUAGCUGUUUAACCCCCGAAAUAGUGUGUAUUUUGGAUAUAAAAAAGAAAAAUUUUGACAAAUUCCUAAUUCAAAAUGAUAAGCUUAAAAUAGUUAAUAAAAAUUCUUUAAGCUUCCUAAAAGAGAUGUAUUUUUUCGAUUCGAUAUUUAUAAACAACAUUUAUUAUAAUAAUUUUAUGUCUAAUGUGGUUGAUAAAUAUAUAAACCAUUUUAUACACCAACAUAAUGUUGUGCUUUUUAAUUUUUCUGUUAAUUAUAUAAAAAACAAAAAAAAAAUUUCCUUUUUUAAUUCGUUUAACGAUUAUUUUAAUUCUGAUAAAACAAAUGCGAAUAUAGAAAAAGGGAGCACACAUGGAGAUCAUCCAGUUGUUUUCAAAAAAAAGCGCAGACAACUGGAAAGGGAAAAAAUUAAGAAAAAAAAAAAAAAAAAGGAAAAGGAAAAGGAAAAGGAAAAAGAAAAAGGAAAAGGAAAAGGCGAAGGAAAGGGCGAAGAAGAGAAACAGGACGAAGUUGAAGAUGAUGAAGAAGAAGGGGAAAAUGUCAAAGACAAAGAUGGCAGCAACGACGACGGACAAAACAUCAAACAAAGUAAAAAUGGAGACUACGCAUUCAUUCACAGUAGUAAUAUGAACAAAAAUUCAUGCACAACUCAAAACAGACUAAUUAAAAAAAAAAACUUAUGUUACAAUAAUUUUGAUACAUCAAAUAGCGAACAAGAUGAAGCAAACAACAGGAGGAAUAAAAAAACAAUGUUCAUAAAAAUUAUACAUGAAUUAAAGAAAAAAUUAAACGAAGUAUAUUCUUAUAAUACUUACAAUUUAACAUUAAACGCAUAUGCACAAAAAGGCAAAAAACUGUAUAACAUUAACAAGUGCAUAUUCAAAGAGGAUGCAAAUGGUACUCCACAACCUAACUUUAUGAAUGAUAAGGUAAAAAUAAAAUUCACCAAUAUAUAUAUGGAUAAAAAUCGUAAAUUAAAAAAAAAGUGGGAGAAAAAUGAAGAAAAUGAAAAUAUAUUUCGUGGUUGUCUACACAACAGUCAAAAUGAGGAUGUUGAUACUGAUAAUGAGGAUGCGGAUAAUAAUAACGAUAUGGAUAGGGGCACGGAAAAACACAAGGACUCCACUUCAUACUUACCAUGCAUAGAUUUAAAAAUAAUAAAGAACGUAAAUGAUUAUAUUAAUUAUAAAAAUAUAAAUAAUUUUAAAAAAUACUCCAUAAUCUUUCUGAUCAAAUUGGAGUUGUUACUACUUUCCCAAGAUGAUGCUAUUAUCAAAAAAAAAAAAAAAAAAAAAAAAAAAAAGAUAUUUCAUUUUACCCUUGUUGAUAUAAAUAUACCAAUCUUUGAUAUAAUGAAAAAGAAUAAACAUAAUGUUAAUUAUUUACUAGAAUUUAAAAAUAGGAAAAAUUUUGAAAACGUAUUUUUAAAUUACACUCAAUCUUACUUUUUCAACUCAGUUAAUUUAUCCUGCUCCUCGUACAAUAUUGUUAAGUUUUUAUUUCAAAAAAAUCCUUACGUCUGUUUAAUUUUAUAUAUUAACGAUGAUUUUAUCUUCACAGAUAAUCAUAAUAUACCAUCUUCUAUGUGCGACGAGACAUACAUAAUGGGAAGAAGUACAAACAUAGAUGAUACAAAUAAAUUCAAAAAAGAAAUAUCCAAUCAAUACAUAAUUUUACAGCUCUUAUAUAUUUAUUACUGGUGUUGUAUGUGCGAUAGAUCCAAUUCUUCAUAA